CUUGUAGAUUCAUACGGAAGAGAGAGAGACGACGGGGGAAAAAAAAAACGACACACCGUAGCUGCCGUCGGCUGUUAUGCAGUUUGCAUCGAGAUAAGAGUUGAAGAUCUGGAAUAAAACAAAAAAAAAAAUGUUACAGCAGUCAGAGCUGUUCUUUGACUUUGCCAGUGACCAUUUUAACAUGUCACAGCAGUUAGGAUGUAACACAGAUUUCCCCGGGGUGAUUGUGGAGCAAGUACCUGACCAACACCUGCUCUCUUAUGCGGGUCUGGUGUGUAGACAGCCACGGAGAGAGGAGGAUCAGCAGCAGGUGCUUAAAGUGGAGCUGUGCGAUAGCGAGGAGGAGACCAUGGAGACACUUGUUGCUGCCGACUCGCUUCUUAACAUGGACUGUUCCGAGGUCCUCUCCCUGGAACAGCACUACUGUUUGCUACCAUCACUGGCUGAUGUCGUCACUGCUCCGGUUACCCAGGUAUCUGUGUCAACAAAGGAGAUUGUGGGAUCUGUUGACCAGUCGCUGUGGCACUCAUUCCACGAAGAAGAGAAGCCAGUGCAGGUGCAGUCCAAAAAGAGAAGUCGAAAGUCCCGACUUCGAAGAGCAGAGUCUCCCACCCCAGACAUUACAGUUAAAAAGGACAAGUACAACAAAGGAGGAACGACUCUGUACUUGUGGCAGUUCCUCAUGGAGUUGCUACAGGAUCGACAGGUUUGCCCCCGCUACAUCAAAUGGACCAAUCCGCAUGAGGGCAUUUUCAAGCUAGUAAAUUCCAAAGCAGUGGCUAGACUCUGGGGAAAACACAAAAACAAGCCAGAUAUGAAUUAUGAAACAAUGGGGAGAGCACUCAGGUACUACUACCAGAGAGGAAUACUGAAUAAAGUGGAGGGUCAGCGUCUGGUUUACCAGUUCACCUCUCUGCCAAAAAACAUGGUUUAUAUCACCGACAGUGGCAGCUCCAAAGAAGAAAAUGAAGAAGAAGAAAUUAAUCACAAAGAGAAUAGCGGCAGUGACGAAGGCGCGAGCGACGAUUCCGACGAGGGAACGAUAUCCUCCAUCGACCAGUCCAUGGAGGACGAGGAUCCAUCUCCUCCGCGGAAGAAGACGUCGUCUGUGAACUCCGUCCAAGUCCACGUCAACCAGCGGAUCAGGCCGGCCACCAGGGCUCCUGGUCAGCGCGACGCCAUCCUGCGCUCGUCCGCCACCAGCCUGAUCCAGGAGCAGCACCUGCCCAUCGUCUCUGCCGAGAUGUUGCGGACUCUCCAGAACCUGGAGAAGGUCCAGUCCCUGCAGCCCGCGGGUCACGCUUCCGUCUUUAAAACUGCUCAGUUGCUGGGGAGUCUAUGUGAGCAACAAGCUGCAGAAGGUGGCAAUGCUCACACUAAAUGAGUCACAACAAGGGGGGCUGAGAAGACCCCCCCCCCACCCUCAGCCAGUGCCUUUCAGUGGAUCUGACCAGUAGGACCUCCGAUCAUUAAAACACAGUACACUCCACUGACACAAAACCAGUUAUAGAGCUGCACUGCACUGUUCGUACCACGGCCAAUCCCGCUUGUUGCCCACUCUUGCGCGCGUGUCCCACUUCAUGCUAUACCAGCCAUGGGCAAACUAAGGCUCGGGGGGGCGGGGGGGGGGCUGAUGUGGCCCACCAAACUUGUCCAAAUUGUAUAAUUUAUUUAUAUUAUCAUUAUACUUCUGCCCUUUU